AUGAUACUAUUUUGUAUGCUAAUUUUUCUUUGUAUUGUGCAAUCUAGUGCUCAAGCUGUUUACACAUGUAAUUCAAAUGCAUCUUGUGGAUGUUCGACUAAUUCAACAACAGUUAACCGUAUUAUCAAUGGAGAAACAGCAGAGGCAACUGCCUGGAGCUGGACUGUAUCACUUUUAAUUGAAUUUAGCUAUUUUUGUGGAGGAUCCAUUUUAUCGGAUUCUUGGAUCAUUACUGCAGCCCAUUGUAUGGAGAAAGUCAAACCAUCAGAUGUUAUUGUUUAUGCAGGAUCAAAUAUUCGAUUUACAGGUAGUCAAUCUAGAAAGCCUUCACGUAUUGUUGUGCAUCCAAAUUAUGAUUCUUCAGCUUAUACGAAUGACAUUGCUCUAAUAGAAUUAUCUUUUCCACUCAACAUGAUGGAUUCUAGUAUUCAUACACUUUGUUUACCAUCUGUUCAUUCAUCAAUACUAGCGAAUGGUGAAUGGCCAGUACCCAAUACAACUGUCAUAGCCGUCGGAUGGGGUAGGAUGGCUGGAAAUGAUUCGUCUUCCAUGACUCUUCAACAAGUCACCUUACAAAUAAUAGCCUAUCAAGUAUUUACUUGCAGCUCAGUAAUCAACGAUCGACGAUUACAACUAUGUGCUGGUGUAUCUGAUGGUAGUAAAGAUACAUGUCAGGGUGAUUCAGGUGGUCCUUUGAUGAUGUUUUCUUCAAAGAAUCAAUGGAUAUUAGUAGGUCUAACGAGUUAUGGUUAUGGAUGUGCGGAACCAGAGUUCUCAGGAGUUUAUACUCGUGUGGCUGCUUAUCAAGAUUGGAUAUAUUCGACAAUGAACACCUCAUACAUUCAAACACCAUCGGCAUAG